CCAAGAAACAAAAACAAGUGGCUGUACUGUAUCUUGUAGUUUCUCUCUCCUGGUCUGUGAUUUUUUGUCUGUUGUGGGACACUGACAGUGUUCAGCCUUAACGUUACCCUUUUGGUUUUCUCUUCCUCUCGACCUGAAAGUAUCUUGUGUUGGAUACCUGAUGAAUCUGAGCUUGCUCUUUGGUUCUGUGGCUGACACCAAUCUGAGGCUAAUACUGCUUCUGCUGAAUACAGUUUGAGGGUGACAAGUACCAGGUUUUUAUGACAGAGGGGAGAUAGAGUAACAGAGGAAGUUAUUGAAGUGAGCAUAAAUGGCUUCAACUGAGUUUGGUGAAGAAGGUGAUAGCAGAGGCGGUAUGUGGGUUUUGGAACAGAGGAUUGACCAGCCGAUGGAUGAAGAAGCUGAAAAGCUCAAAAACAUGUACAGAGAAAAAAAAUUUUCUACACUGUUGCUUCUGCGGCUUGCAUAUCAGAGUCUUGGAGUAGUGUAUGGAGAUUUGGGCACUUCCCCCUUAUACGUUUUCUAUAAUACAUUUCCUCAUGGAAUUGACAACCAGGAGGAUGUGAUUGGAGCUCUUUCUUUGAUUAUAUACUCUCUUACCCUGGUGCCGCUGGUCAAAUAUGUUCUUAUUGUAUUACGAGCGAAUGACAAUGGUCAAGGUGGAACAUUGGCCCUUUAUUCUUUGCUCUGUCGACAUGCAAAUAUUAGAACCAUUCCCAACCAGCAUCGUACGGAUGAAGAGCUAACAACAUAUAGUCGAUCUACCAUCCGUGAAAAGUCAUUUGCUGCAAAAACCAAGAGAUGGUUAGAGGAGCAACCUUAUAUUAAAGAUAUCAUUCUUAUUCUGGCCCUCGUUGGUACUUGCAUGGUGAUUGGAGAUGGAAUUCUUACCCCAGCUAUAUCUGUUUUAUCUGCGGUUGGUGGCAUCAAGGUAAAUCACGCAGAUUUGAGCAACGAAGUAGUGGUAUUGGUUGCUGUUGUUAUACUAGUUGGGUUAUUCAGCAUGCAACAUUACGGUACAGAUAGAGUUGGUUGGCUCUUUGCUCCGGUUGUCCUUCUUUGGUUUCUCCUAAUUGGAGGCAUAGGCAUCUUCAACAUCUGUAAAUAUGACAGCAGUGUUCUAAAAGCUUUUUCACCAGUGUAUAUAUACCGCUAUCUAAAACGAGGAGGUAAAGAUGGUUGGACUUCCCUUGGUGGAAUUUUGCUCAGCAUAACUGGGACAGAGGCUCUUUUUGCAGACCUAGCCCACUUUCCAGUCUCUUCUGUACAGAUUGCUUUUACUCUCCUAGUCUUUCCUUGCCUUCUUUUAGCCUACUCUGGACAAGCUGCAUACCUUAUGCAUAACUUGGAUCAUUCAAAUGAUGCGUUUUAUCGUUCUAUUCCAGACAAAAUAUACUGGCCAGUAUUUGUUGUUGCAACAGCAGCAGCUAUAGUUGCAAGCCAGGCCACAAUAUCCGCAACCUUCUCAAUUAUCAAGCAAGCCAAUGCACAUGGCUGUUUCCCAAGAAUAAAAGUUGUACAUACAUCAAAGAAGUUCCUUGGCCAGAUAUACAUUCCAGACAUAAAUUGGAUCCUUAUGAUUCUAUGCAUUGCUGUUACAGCAGGGUUUAAAAAUCAGAGUCAAAUUGGAAAUGCAUAUGGUACUGCAGUUGUGCUAGUGAUGCUGGUUACAACGCUGCUUAUGAUUUUAAUCAUGAUAUUGGUGUGGCGCUGCCAUUGGAUUCUGGUUGUGGUGUUCACUGGCUUAUCACUGAUAGUGGAAUGCACAUACUUCUCUGCAGUACUCUUCAAAAUUGACCAAGGUGGAUGGGCUCCCCUUGCAAUUGCUGGAGCAUUUCUUCUGAUCAUGUAUGUAUGGCAUUAUGGCACAGUGAAACGGUACGAGUUUGAAAUGCACAGUAAGGUGUCAAUGGCAUGGAUUCUUGGACUUGGACCAAGUUUAGGACUUGUUCGUGUCCCAGGAAUAGGGCUGGUAUACACAGAACUUGCAAGUGGAGUACCCCAUAUAUUUUCUCACUUCAUCACAAACCUACCAGCUAUUCAUUCUGUUGUUGUUUUCGUAUGUGUGAAGUAUCUUCCUGUCUACACUGUCCCAGAAGAUGAAAGGUUCCUUGUGAAGCGGAUUGGACCAAAGAACUUCCACAUGUUUCGGUGCGUUGCGAGGUACGGAUACAAAGAUUUGCACAAGAAAGAUGAGGACUUUGAGAAAAAGCUUUUCCACAACCUUUUUGUGUUUGUUAAGUUGGAGUCUAUGAUGGAGGGAUGCUCGGAUUCAGAUGACUACAGUUUAUAUGAACAGCAAACUGAGAGAUCAAGAGAAGGUCUACUACUGAACAAUAAUGCAAUCACAUCAUCAACGAAUAUGGAUCCAACAGUUUCUUCUUUGGAUUCUAUAGUGUCAGUUACUUCUCCAUCACAGUUGAAUGCUACUGUUAGGUCCUCUGGUCAUGUGAGCAACCAAACUGAGGUUGAUGAAGUUGAGUUUUUGAACAGUUGCAGAGAUGCUGGGGUGGUUCACAUACUGGGAAACACAGUUGUGAGGGCUAGCAGGGAUUCAAGAUUCUACAAGAAAAUAGCUGUGGAUUAUAUAUAUGCAUUUCUCAGGAAGAUAUGCAGAGAAAAUAGUGUGAUCUUCAAUGUUCCUCAUGAGAGUCUCUUGAAUGUUGGUCAGGUUUUCUAUGUAUAGCCUCUCCCUACUACCCUUCUCUUGGUAAUUCUUGUAUGAGCAUAGUUUAUGGCACAGUCAAUCAAAACCAUGUUAAAAUAAAUAAUAAACGUAAAAUUGUUUUAGUACUAUUGAGAGGCUCUUUGGUUGAUUGAGUUUGUAAAUAUUGCUCUCACACAAGAGUUGUUCCUAUUGGCCCAAAAAUGAGUGAGAUUUAUUAUCAUUUUGUGACUGUCAUUUUAGUCACUGUUUUGUGUAGCUGCUAUAUCAACGAUCCCUUGUGGUAUGUAUCAUUCAAUAGAGAAUGUCUUCUAAAGAA